AUGUUGGCUUUUCAUUCUUUAACUGGUUGCGAUACCGUUUACACAUUUUGUGGUAUUGGUAAGAACACAGCUUGGAAGGUCUGGAUGUCAUUUCGUGAAAUUGAUCGUGUAUUGCAUCAGCUUUGUACAAGCACCUCUGAUAUUGAUGAUGAAUGUUAUGCUGUGUUGCAGCGAUUUCAUAUUCUACUUUAUGAUCGAGCAUCAGAUCUUCAGAACAUCAAUGACUGCAGAAGACUGUUGUUUACAAGAAAGAAUCGAGCAAUCGAAAACAUUCCUCCUACAGCAGAUGUUUUAGCACAACAUAUUAAAGGAGCAACUCUUCAAGCAAGAAUCUGGAACAACAGCCUCGAUUCACAAUACGCAAUACCUUCCCCAACCAAUUGA